AUGAAGUUAUCGCUCCUAGCUGCAAUCGCGGCGGUCGCCAUCACCUCUACGGAGGCAUGCGCCAAGUACAAGACUUGCUGGUGCGAGAGAAGCAACUUCAUGUACGAGGGCAGACUGCAGGACAACAUCCCCUGGGACGAAGACACCGUCAAGGCUUGCGUGGACCCCGGAAAAGUAGGAUACUAUGGGCAGAACUUUAAAGAGUGCCACCGAUACAAGAAGUCGUUCUUCGCCUUCAUUCCCUCCAAGGCCAUUAACAACUGCGAUUGGACCAAGAAAUGCCAAUCGGUUGGUGCUACGACCGGAUACUGCCGCGAGAAGAUUUAG